CAGCCUUCAGCGACGGAACUGAGCCGAGCGUUUGUGGGCUGCUGGGGAGGCGUUUGCGCUCAGAUUCCAAAUGAAAAUGUUUGAGAGCGUUGACUCUACAGCUACAAAAUCUGGCCCUGAUCUUUGGGCUGAAAUCUGUUCCUGUCUGCCAAAUCCUGAUCAAGAAGAUGGUGCCAACAAUGCCUUUUCAGACUCCUUUAUGGAUUCUUACCCUGCAGGCACAGGCCAGAGGGAGGCCCCAGAUUUUGCUGAUCAGCCAGCUACAAAGCCUUGGGCUCCCUUGCAGGAUUCAGAAGUGUAUUUAGCAUCUCUAGAGAAGAAACUGAGAAGAAUCAAAGGUUUAAAUCAGGAAGUAACUUCUAAGGACAUGCUUCGAACCUUGGCCCAAGCCAAGAAGGAAUGCUGGGAUCGAUUCCUCCAGGAGAAGUUAGCAUCAGAGUUCUUUGUGGAUGGAUUUGAUUCUGAUGAGAGUUCUGAGCCAACACAGAAGAUGUUUGGCAACCUUGAGGACACCAUACUAUAGAAACGCCAUGGAGAGACAGAGGGGCUGGCUCUCAGCAGUUUAGCCCCAGCAUGAAUCUUCCCACCUAGGCAUCAGACAUGUGAGAGAUUCAGAUGAUUUCAGACCCCAGCCUUCAAGCUACCCCAGUUGACACCAGGUGGAACAGAGACAAGCUGUCCCUGAGAAGCCCCGCAGAUUUAUGAACAAAAUAAAUGCCGUGGUUUGAGCCAUUGGGUUUGGAGCUGGUUUGUUACACGACAAUAGGUAACUGGCACACCAUGACCUACGUUUCGGAUUUUAUGUAGCUAAUUUCAGGUAUUUUAUUUUUCAGUCCCUUUUAGUUUCUAAUGGUUACAGAAUUUUAAUACUUAAUUCUGGAUGCAGUAUGGAGAGGAGCAAAAUUGGAUGCAGGGGCCAGCUGUGAGGUGACUGCGGUUGUCUAAGAAAGAGAUGACUGACCUGAGGACUUUCAUCUCCACUUAGGGUAGAGAAUCCUGCAGGAAAAUGCCACUCCCCUGCCCGGGGAUGAGAAAUAGCUGAAUUAUCUACAAAACCGUAGCUUUUCUUGCGUCUGCAGGAAGCUGAGGUCACAAGACAAUGAAAUAAAGCCUCUUCAAGGAGAGAGAGACACACAUGAACAGUCUCAACUUUAGCAGAGCACGGAAGAAAGAGGUGGCCAUCAUACAAGUGGGUAAGAAGAAAUCAACAAAAACUUUAACAAAAACUAAAAGGCUACACAUGGGCUAGUGUGUCAGUUUAGAAUAGCUGGAGACUAUUCCAGACACAGGAGAGUUUGUACUCACAGUGUUGUUCCAGAGGCCUCCCCGGAGGUUCAGAGAAAAACUGGGAGCUGGGCAGGAAAUGGGAGAGGGCUUUCCUCCGUGGUGGUGCAAGCAUGCAGAAGUUGAUUAAGGCAGCUGCUUGGCAAAGGCAAAAAGCCUCAGCUGCUUCCAGAAUCCCUCUCUUAAGCAAAAGCCUUAAGCUGCUAAGGAAGGGGCAACAGAUUCUU